GGCAUUAAAACUCAUAAUUGUUCUUCAUUUUCAAUCUUUUUUUUCCUUCUUCCUUUUUUUGUCAUUCCUCUAAGCAAUAGCCAUGGCACGAAGCUUUUCAAGAAAGAUUGCCAAAAAUAUGGUAUGCAAAAGUGCGAGGAAUGUCCUAUCCUACAACAUCUGGAAAAAUCGUUAUGUCCUAACUCCUUCAAAUCUUCUCACAGCACAGCUUACGGUUAUUUCCUUAUCCUCAAAAUUCAUAGAUCUUUGGCUCUACAAGCUUGGACAAACCAGCGUAGUUUCCCAGAUCGUGGCAGGUAUUUUACUAGGGCCAUCGUUAUUAGGACAAUACGAGGAACUGGCACGAGUCUUGUUUCCUCGAGAAAGCAGAAGUACACUAUCAACAAUAGCAGCAUUUGGUAAUAUGUUCUACCAUUUCUUGAAUGCAGUAAAGACAGAUCCUGUAAUGGUUUUAAGACCAGGACGAGUGGCAAUGUUCAUAGCUUCAAGUGCCUUCUCCAUUACAUUGGUUUCAAGCCUCUUCUUGUCUUUAAUCUUGAAGAGAAAUGUCAAAAUGAACGCCAAACUCCAUAACUCUCUUUCAAUAAUAGCCAUGAGUCAAGCUUUUACGGGUAUUUCUGUCGUUUCUUACCUCGUAACUGAGUUAAAGCUCCAGAACACAGACGUUGGUCGGUUAUCCCUCGCUACUGCAGUAGUCACCGAUCUGUUGAACACCAUAAUGGUAACAGUUUCGUUCUUCACCGGAGAAAGGAUGAUGAGCGGUCAACUAAUAAUAAUGUGGGCAGUUUUAACAACUUUUGCAGUAGUUUCUGUUGUUUUCUUCGUCUUCAGGCCAAUUAUAUUAGCAAUGAUAAGCUACAUGCCAGCAGGUAAACCUGUGGAUCAGAAGUAUAUCUUUCUCAUAAUAAUUCUAACUCUUGUACUUGCAUUUGUAAGUGAGGCUAUUGGGCAGCAUUACGUUUUCGGACCAGCACUUCUCGGCCUGAUUGUGCCUGAUGGACCUCCUUUAGGGGCAUGUCUGGUGUCGAGACUAGACACUUUCAUAUUGGGGUUUCUCUACCCAACAUACCUCGCCAUUAGCGGUCUGCAGACCAAUGUGUUUGAUAUAAAUCCACAGGACUUGUGGAUUGUUGGGAUAGUCGUUAUCUUUGGUAUCACAGUUAAAACAGUAACAGUAGUGGUGACAGGAAAGCUUAUGAAUUUGUCCACAAAAGAGGCUUUCGUGCUUGCCAUGGUUUUGAAUUCCAAAGGCAUCCUAGAACUCACUGUUUACAACUUCUGGAAGGACAACAAGAUUUUAGAUGGUGAAGAGUUCAGUGUGUGUGUAUUAUCACUUGUAUUAACAACAGCAAUUAUAACUCCAUUGAUAAGAUACCUCUGUGAUCCUUCCAAGCAAUUCCAACCAUUUAGGAGAAACACUAUCCAGCAUUCUAAACCGAACUCUGAACUAAAAAUUCUAGUUUGCAUCCACAAAGCUGAGAAUGUUCCAACCAUUUUCAACCUUCUAGAAAUAUCCCACGCCACCCUAGAGAGCCCUAUAGCAGUCAUUUCCUUGGUCCUCGUCGAGCUCAUUGGUCGAUACACUCCCGUUCUAAUAUCCAACGACCACUACAAAUCCCCACACAAUCAGACAUCUACUGCAACAAGGAUUGCAAAUGCCUUAAGACAGUAUGAGCAAAACAAUCAAGGUUGCACCACUGUACAAUCAUUCACUUCAAUCUCCCUGUUCGAAACAAUGCAUGACGAUAUUUUUCGAGUGGCGACAGACACGAGAGUCACCAUCGUGAUCAUGCCAUACCACAGGCAAUGGGCCAUCGAUGGUGAUGUCGAUUCUUCUAAUGCUUCUAUCAGACGAUUGAACAAAACAGUCCUGGAUAAGGCUCCAUGUUCUGUUGGAAUCCUCAUAGACCGAGGAAUUCUAAGAGGAUCAGCGAAUGUUAAGGCUAAUAAAUCCAAGUUGAAUGUUGCUAUAAUCUUCGUCAGUGGUCCAGACGAUGAAGAGGCAUUAGCUUAUGGAGCUAGAAUGGCAAAGAAUGAUAAUGUGAUCUUGACAGUCAUUCAGUACGUUCUCUUUGGAAGUGAAAACUGUCUAGAAAGGAAAAGGAACAGUGAUCUAAUCCAUCACUAUAAGCAAGCUAACAUGCGAAAUGAGCGAUUUCUAUUUCUUGAAGAGGUGGUGAAAGAUGGAGUGGGCUUAUCUCAAUGCAUAGGGAAGAUAGAUAAUUUCUUCGAUUUAAUUUUAGUGGGGAGGUAUCAUCGGCAGUCUCCAUUGUUUGAGGGUCUUGAAGCCUGGAGUGAGUGCCCCGAGCUAGGGGUCGUCGGUGACAUGCUUGCUUCACCGGAUUUCAAGACUACCGCGUCGGUGUUAGUAGUGCAACAACAAAAAAUAAGAUCGACUACAAAGAAGAAACCUUCCAAUCUCGUUGUCCCACUGCAUACGGUUAAGGAAGGUGGGAGUCUUAUUUAGAUUUGUUAAUGGGUUGGAUACAUAUUCGAA